AAUGGUGGGUGCUUGGUGUAAAUUACAUGCCAGCUUCAUACGUCCGUCACGGACCAUCAGCUGCAAUGUGCUGAAACGGUUCAUCAGCAUCGGUAUCCUGCUACAGAUCAUCGCCAAUUGUGAUUAUGGUUUCGGUGCUAUCCGAUCGGUACAGCUGGUGGUAGAUCCUCCAGCAGUACGCCGUGGACAACAUGCAACGCUCCGCUGUCUGUACGAUCUGGAUGACUCGCCGCUGUAUUCCGUAAAGUUCUAUCGAGGCUUGCGAGAGUUCUACCGCUACUCGCCGGGCCAGCAACCGAGCAAGAAGAUUUUUCCCUUUCCCGGGAUCAAUGUUGACGCUUCACUUUCCGACAACCGACAGGUGGUUAUCAAAAAUGUUGGCUUCGGACUGUCGGGUAACUUUUCCUGCGAAGUUACUGCCGACGCACCAUCGUUUUCUACCGCCACCGAACACAUCAGCAUGCAAGUAGUGGAGCUACCAGAUAGUGGACCCACCCUAUGGACGGAGCAUACGCGGUACGAGCCCGGGGACGUGCUGAGAGCAAACUGCACCUCCCAACCAUCGAGACCGAAAGCCGAGCUAACGCUGACACUGAACAACAUGGUGCACGAGUCACUGGUCUACACAUCGCACGAAGAAUCACGAACCACCACGGACAAUCUGAUCUCCAGCAGUCUCACGCUACGGCUGCACCUUCAAAGCUCCCACUUCGGCUCGGGCCUGAUGCCAGGAUUGGGCGGUGCGUCCGGUUCCGGCGGAGCGCUACUGCUACGAUGUACCGCCACCAUCGGGAAGCUGUACGAACGCUACACCGAGCUCGAGCUGGGCGUUCCCCAGCGGGAUCCAAUACCGGCCAGAGUCACAUCGUCCGGGGGUGCAAGGAUACUCCCCAGCCCGAUAGGAGGGGGAAUGCCCGCCAGCUGGAAUCUGUGUGCGCUCGUGCUCAUCGUGCUGACACUGGUCCUGCAUAACAACCAUCCCUCAUUAGCCCAAAUCAGUCGACCGCUAUCCUCGUCCAGUGCGCUUCUUCGAAGAUAGUUUGGCUCUGCCCCGAACGCCAGUAUUCCAGUGAACGCCAGGAACGCGCUGGGUGGCUGCUAUUGAAUGCUGUUAGUGCUAACGAGGCCCACUGCAUCCCUUCCUAAACACCCAAGGCUGGCAGCAAAGAAUGGACCCCGGUACCCCAUCAUCCUCGUCCUUGCCAUCUACAAUUAUCGAACGGAGCUGACUGGAAAAACUUACUGGAUUGAAUCCUCGGAUUGUCGUACAUUUCGUUGUUCCGUUUCAUUUCAUACGUGUCUUACGUGAAAGCUCUUUUUAUCCACUCCCUCUCAAGCUCCCAUCCGUCUUCUUCCAUGCAUAAUCACACGUAAUAUUAAUGUGUGUGUAUGUGUGUGUUCGUGUGUCAUCUCGUCGAUAAAUCAUGCGGUUGGGAGAGAAUAUUUCUGCAGCUGCCUGCAGACCGCAACCAUCAUUCUGUCUGCAACAGAAGCGAAAGGCACACGACCGUAAUGUUUAGAAUGACACUAAUGAUAACGAUAAUGAUAAUGAUGAUGGUGAUGAGUGUGUUGCAGAACUCUUUACGUUUCGGUUGUUGUGGGCGUGAUAUGCACACAAAAACAUAUUCAACGUCGUCCAUCUUUAAGCGUGUAGACAUUCAAGUGGUUUAAUUGUCGGAAUUCGUUGAAUGUAAAUAUGAUCCGCUUCGAAACGCAUUCAUUGCAAUGCUAACAUACGUGUUUCGGUUCGCUAAAAAGACUCCUUAGGCAAGCUCGUGAACAAACCUCUAUUGUUCGAACACCCUUUCCGGCUUAUAAUCGGAUCAUUUCCAUCUUACAUUAGACAAGCGAAGAAGUAAGGUGCAAGUUUUAUUCAUCAAACAAUGUUGCAGUAUCGUGGUGCUGUACCUAAAAUUUCCACACCGAUCCAUCCUUUGAUGUAUAAUCUACACAUAUACGUAGUAAAAACAAUCGAAGCUCGGACCUAAGCAUACCAAUGAACACGAUAGAGAAAAAAAAACUCUCAAAUCUAACCACUAAAACUAUCAACCAAAAACACACCUUUGAACUAAUUGAAUGUAAAUUUGGACGUGUGGUCCGGGCACGUGUCGUGCAUUCGAUAAUGAGCCGAUAGUGCACACGAAACAGUCGAUCCCUGUCAUUGGCGAUGCAAAAACCGAAAGGCACCUACUAGGGGAAAAAGAAAGGUAAAGUUCAUUUGUUCGUUUAGCUUCACUGUUUGUUUUUUUUCCUUCUUUGCCAAGAUGGAUAAAAACCCAUUUCACUGUUUAAUUUUCCUGCUUUUUUUUUGUCUGCAUAGGAGAUGUGUGUAUGUGUGCGAGUGCAACAUCAAACCGAGCAUCAGCACCCGUUUGAAAGCAAGUGCUAGAGUGCAUUCGAUCAUACGGUGCAUCGCGCAUAACCUAACAACCUGUACCCACUAUCAUGAUGAUGAUGAUGAUGGUGAUGAUGCCAAUCAUGGGUUUUCGUUCCAUUUUGCACUCUUCCUUCCACUGUGGACGGUGCAACACGAAAUCAGCACUAGAACGGGCCACUGGGUGGCGGACAGGGUUCGUACAGGGUCCGCAAGCGAAAAUUUAAUUGAAAAUGAAUAAAUGAAGUUAUGCUGCUUUGGUGCACUUUCGUUUGAUGUGUCGAUUUUUGUUUUCCACAUUGCUCCGUUCCGCUGUCGUGCCGGUUCGGCAAUGUGUGUGUGUGUGUUUCCACCUGUACGGCGGUUCGAUACAUGCAAUCGAACCUGGGGGAGAAUGCGACACAAAGGGAGGGGCAGGGUCAAAUGAGAGAUUCUUUUUUAUUGACCAACGAACACUUGUAUGAAAAUGGCUGCAAUAAGUGACACCAUUUUAUCCAUACCAUUGAUGGUUUAUGAAUAGGGAGAAGCAAAAAUUGCAUUCCGGUGGUGGUAAACGGUACAUCAUGAUCGCGUAUGAUCGUCGCUGGUUACGUAUCGGUGUAAUAAAUUGAUUUUUUUUUCGUGUGUCACUUGCAAAGGUGCGUUAAAUAGCCAACCAAAAAAAAUGAUUCCCUUAUCGGCCAACAACAAACAAAAAAUUAAGUGCACGGAUGCACGGAGCUUCUUUUUUUAUCACCGCCUUGUUGGCUAUUAAAAGUGGGAGCACUCAGGAAAUCAGUUCAGCUUAAAAGUCAUUUGAAAUUUACCAAUAAUCGUGCACUGGUUCCACACUGUUCCCCUGUUUCCUGUUUUAGGUGAAAUGGGACCUUAUCGCUGAUUCAAAGCACACACGCUUACAGUUCAAUUCAAUCAACAGGGCACGGGACGGAGUGUGUACACCGCCCGUGCUGCUUCAAUCGCCACCCCGAGAGAAUCAACGAUAGAUUAAUUGGAUGCCCUUGUUGAAGUACGAAAUUCGUGCACCACCCGGAGGGCAAACUGUUUCGCCAACCAACCAACCCCUACGAAUGUGACUUGCAAAUCAAACCUUAUCGCGUUUCGUCCUGCCUCCACCGCUUGUUUCGUUGCAAGCAGAAUAAAUUGAUUAAUUCCACGAGCCGGGGGUGAAAAUAAAUCGCCCAUCCUCUGUCCGCUUGCCGCGAUGAUGGGGCCACAGAUUGAUCGAUGACUUUUUCACAUCGCCCUACUCGUUGAUCGACGAGCUUCCUGCAUACAUUUCGAUGUUUAUGAAACUAAUGAUACUACUCAGCAGCAUCAUUCCGGUGAAUGGCCAGGCGCCUCCAUCAACAGGGCACCGGGAAUGGCGAUACGCAAUCAACCGUUCGUGUACCGCUAACUGUCGUUCCGAACCGUCAGGAGCUUUGAUAUAAUUAAUUUUAAAUGUAUUUAUCAAUCUGCCCGUGCGAAAUUCCACUUCUGAAAGGAAAUUGAUCACACGAGCUACAGCGGGAUGCGAGAACCACAUGCUACUAGAAGCAAACGCCAUGGAAAUCACAUUAGACUGCAUCUGAGCUCCAUUUUUUUUUUGUUGCAUUUCGACUAACAUGAUUGAAAACGUUUGAUGUACGAAAGGCAUGCCAACGCAACUCCGAUACCAACGGCAAGCUGCUGCAAAACACUCAUCGCCGUCGCCGUCAACAAAAAAAAGAACUAUAUAUUUAAAAGAAGCAGAAGGAAACAUACACAUGAACAUACACAAGAA